GGUUGAGAUACCUUCAUGAAGAGUGUAGAGUUGGUUGCAUUGUUCAUAGGGAUAUGCGUCCUAAUAACAUACUCCUCACUCAUGACUUUGAGCCUUUGGUUGGAGAUUUUGGACUAGCGAGAUGGCAACCAGAAGGUGAUAAAGUAGUGGAGACAAGAGUAAUUGGAACUUUCGGGUACUUGGCACCUGAAUAUACACAAAGUGGACAGAUUACAGAGAAAGCAGAUGUGUACUCUUUUGGGGUUGUGUUAGUUGAGCUUAUCACAGGAAGGAAAGCGAUGGACAUUAAGCGUCCUAAAGGUCAACAGUGUCUCACCGAAUGGGCAAGACCGCUGUUGCAGAAGCAAGCCAUUAAAGAGCUUCUUGAUCCGCGUUUAAUGAAUUGUUACUCUGAGCAAGAAGUUUACUGUAUGGCGUUAUGUGCUUACCUCUGCAUUCGCCGUGACCCUAACUCAAGGCCACGAAUGUCUCAGGUGUUGCGGAUGUUAGAAGGAGACGUUGUCAUGAGUCCAAUAUAGAAGCUACACAGGGAAAGGCAUGGAGUUUCUAGACUAUUUAGAGUUUUUACAGCUUUCUUGUUAAUGAGUAUUGUUUCUGUUAUAUGUAAAAGUUUGUUAAUGAGACAAAGAUUCAAGUCAAGUUUGUUUGUAGCUUUGUGUAGGUGAUCAGUGAAGUUUGUAAUUUAUUAUAUAUAAGAUUGCUGCAAAACUUAUUCGAAAA